UCUGCGUCAACAGCCGCUCCGGUGUGUCUGAUUGUUUAUUUGUUUAUUUGUUUGGAUUCUUUCGGGUCGGUACCGGGCAGGCAGACCCACCGGUUCGGCUGGUGUCCACACGGUAACAGCUGGCUGUUAGCUGUCCUGGUUGACCUGCAGAGCCUGUGUGUGUCUCCAUCUACAGCUGCACUAUGACUGGAUAAUGUCAGAGAUCAGGCACUAUGGCCUGCAGCGGCGGUCAGAGCAACGCCGGAAGCCUGGAGGGCUUCCAGGAAGUGAACCUGGCGUCGCCCACCACACCUGACCUUCAGAACCAAGCGGAGCAGCGCCCCCCGGCUCGUCACAGCGCCCCGCCCACCACCCUGUACCGCACCCACUCCUUAGGACCGCCCCCCGCCGGCCUCCCCACCUCCCUGCGCGCAGACCAGCUGCCCACGCAGCCGGUCUACUCGGCGCCGCGCCACAGCCACAACGGGAGCGUGCCCGGCCUGGAGGCCACGGUGGCCGAUGGCGGCGGCGGCACGACUGAGGACGGCGAGGAGUGCGGCGCUCUGAGCGACAGCCUGUCGAGGCUUCGCAGCCCGUCGGUGAUGGAGGUCCGAGAGAAGGGCUACGAGAGGCUGAAGGAGGAGCUGGCCAAGGCUCAGAGGGAGCUGCUGUUGAAGGAUGAGGAGUGUGAGAGGUUGUCUAAAGUCAGAGAUCAGCUCGGCCAGGAGCUGGAGGAGCUCACCGCCAGUCUCUUCCAGGAGGCUCAUAAGAUGGUGAGAGAAGCUAACGUCAAACAGGCGAAUGCUGAAAAACAGCUAAAAGAAGCUCAGGGCAAGAUCGACGUCCUCCAGGCGGAGGUCCAGGCCCUGAAGACCCUGGUGCUCUCCUCCCCCACCUCCCCCGUGGCCGAGCUCCCCUCGGCGGUGGGGGGAGGAGUCAAGACCCCCUUCAAGAAGGGCCACAGCCGGAACAAGAGCACGUCCUCUGCCAUGCUGGGGACGCAGCCCGACCCGUCGGCCACGCUGCCCAUCGUCCGGGAGUGUCGGGAGGUGGACACGCAGCUGUUCGUGGAGUUCAGAGCGUGGAGGGAGGAGCCAACGCUGGACCGGACCUGCAGCUUCCUGGACAGAGUUUACCGCGAGGACAUUUACCCCUGCCUCGCCUUCAGCAAGAGCGAGCUGGGUUCGGCCAUCUUGGAAGCCGUGGAGCAGAACGCGCUCAGCGUGGAGCCGGUGGGCUUCCAGCCGCUGCCCGUGGUCAAAGCCUCGGCUGUGGAGUGUGGCGGACCAAAAUCCUGUAUGCUCUAAAUGCAACUCAUCUUUAUAAUUUCUUAUUUAAUUUGAAAAUAUUUCAAAGAAAUAAUGAGAAUUUCAAACUGAUUACAAAAUACUGAGCACUACUUUUAUUUUGUAAUGUGCGUUUAUCUUUAUCUCAGUUUUUUCAUUAAUUAUCAAACUGUAUUGGAAAUUUAAUGCUCUUUUUUUCUUCCCUAGCUACAAAACAAAACAUAAAAUUCUUGCCAUUUUCAAAUUUAGACUCUAAAUUUUCUUCUUAAAUAGUUUUUUUAUUGUAAAAAAAAUCUAUUUUUCACUGAUUUAGUCCAAAACUGACAAAUGUUCACGUGUGAAACGGUUCUUUGAAAAAGAACUUCUUGGUUUCAAAUGACUUAUUUUUGUUGGAUUGUAYAUGUAUCUGAACGUUAAGGACCAAGUAAUGAAGAAAGUGAUUUAAUGUAAAAAAGACAGUUUUAUUAUUUUAAUGUUUUAAAGGAGACGAUGGAGGCGGGCUGCAGUUUGUUGGUGUAAAAAUGAGUUUGUUUGAGAUUUUCUUGUUUUGUUUUUGUUGUUUAAUCAGGAUCUGCUGCUGCGUGAACGUUCUGUCAACUCUCGAUGUURAUUUAAAAUCACUCCUCUCCUCCUCUGCUCACUCCCGGUUUGCUUUAGUGCCUUUUUUCUCUCAGACACUCUGAAAUAAAAACAGUGAUACCUCUGGAA